CUAUCGGGCGCGAGCUGAGAGCUGACAGGCCGGGCUAACGACAACCCCUGUAUCUCGCUAUUUUCCUUCUUUCCUCUCACGCCCGCAUUAUUCUCCUCAUUUUCUUCAUUGCUUCUUUAUUAUUUUUCACGCUUUGCUUGGUUGCUUUCGACCGAGUUCCGGGCUUGCAUCAUUUUGGUGCGACGCACAAUCCUAUAUACGACAUACGGGUGCUGCCAGGUUGGGAUAUCAGUCCGGGAUUGGACAUGUGCUAAAGAUUGGACACAUUUUGGUUUCUGGGAGUUUUGCCGACGACGAUAAUCGGAGACUCUCACAACGAUGCGGCUCGAUGUAUCGAGAUUCGGGAUCCUAGCCUGUCUAUCAGGAUUGGCGGCAGCGGAGGGAGGUGACGCGGGUGGUGCCAAAGCGAUGAGGGAUGAUGUCGGGACGACGUCGACAAGUUCGACGGCAUCGAACGCGGUUAUUGAAUUGGAAGCCCUUCCGACUCCUCCUGUUUACGUGGAAGGCAAGGGGGUUCAAAAUCUAGCCUACACUUAUGGCCCAGGCAUUACGGAUGUAACCGUUACAGCAGUCAAUUUGAAGCGUUAUAGCGAUAAUGGCACGGUUGCGAUGGGAGAUAUUUCAAACGGCUCAACUACAAGCGCCGGGCUUCAUACGGAUGAAGCAAUAUUAGGACGGCAGGUCGACAAUAAUUUACCGCCAUUUUCCUUUCCGGUGUCUAAUGGGAGCGUAACUCUUAUAGUCCCAGACACGGCCACCGGAUUGAGCAAGAUGUACGGCAGUAACGCUGGUUUGCCCUUAUAUUAUGAGUUCGAGUGGGAUAAUUCUACCUCCUCGGGCAAGAGCUAUAGCCAACUCAUAGCGGUGGCUCUCAGCGACAGCUAUCAGGCCGCGGCUGACGCUAUCACAAGCACAGGCAAGGAAUCAAACCCGGCGUACGUAGAGGAUGUCCAGCAAGAUGCGACCAAUCCCACUAGCAUAUCUUCGACUACUGGCUCUACUGCGGCGGAGACAUCGUCGGCGUCAGCCGUAGCAUCAAGCGGCAGCGGUGGACUAAGUCCUGGCGCCAUAGCCGGCAUCGCGGUCGGGUGUGCCGUCGCAUUUAUUCUAAUCGUCGCCUUCAUCGUCUGGUUCUUUUUCUUCCGCCGCCGCAGCAAUCGCGAUCAAGCCCACGGCGGAUCAGAUUUUGCCACGAAUUCGGGCACGAGGGCUAUGGUGCUCGAGAAAGAGGGUACCGGUUCCCCGCAGUCGUCAUAUCCCAAUGACGGAGGAAGGUUGCACGAUCCGGAUGCGUACGCGUCAUACGAGGGUAGCAAGGCACCGCCGGCCCCGGGGGCUGCAUUCGCGACGAAUAGUACAACGGAUCUCGCAUCUAUCGGACAAGCUAGCACGACGCGGGCGAAUACGCCGCCAGCAUAUCAAAGCCGGUACGCGCAUUUGAUCGAGGAAGGUAUGACGGAGGAAGAGAUCAGGAGGUUGGAAGAGGAGGAGCGGCAUCUGGAUGAGGCAAUUGAGGACGCAGGAAGGAACUCGAGGAGGGAUACUCACUAGUCGCGAUAUGGGCGUGAUGUUUUUUAUUGUUUUCAAGCGGGUGCCCAACGGGUCUCGGCGUUUCAAGGGUUCACCAUUUUAUCGUG